UUGAGAUAUGCCUUCUCUAUUUCCUCCCUUUACUUUAGGCUUCUUCUUUCUUUUUUUCUCGGUUCAUUUCAUGCUUCGUAUGGUUUUGCCCACAUUAGAUCGCUUCUGUACAUUUAUACAAAGUAUAUAUCACACGUAUCUGAAAAGAGACUACAAGUGACAUCAUUUUUUUUUGUGUUUGGUGGUCCUUAGCGGGUAUCUAAAUAAAUAGUAAUUCCUUUUUUUUUCCCUGCCUUUUUUUUUUUUCAUCUACAAUACAUUUAGAAAACAUGUCAAUGGCUAGUCUCUUUGGUUUAUCUACACAAGUAGAUAUCGAUAUUAGUUUUACUAACGAAGAACAACGAAAGCACGUUGAAGUUAAGGUAGAUAAAGACAGAAAACAAAACUUUCCCGUCUACCUUGAUGGUGAGACUGUCACUGGCAAGGUUAAUAUCGGCUUAAGAGAUGGUAGAAAACUCGAACAUAAUGGUAUUAAAGUGGAAUUUGUGGGCAGCAUAGAACUCUUUCAUGACAAGGGCAAAUCACAUGAAUUCUUAACACUGUCUCAAGAAUUGGCUGCACCUGGUGAAUUGCGUCAAAAUGCUGCUUUUGAAUUUGAAUUCAAGAAUGUGGAAAAGCAAUAUGAAUGCUUUGUUGGUAUUAAUGUGAAACUGAGAUAUUUUGUUCGUGUCACGAUUGCUCGUCGUUUAGCAGAAGUGAUUCGUGAAAGAGAUAUUUGGGUCAAUUCAUACAAAAUGCCAAUUGAAGUUAAUAACUCUAUCAAAAUGGAAGUUGGUAUUGAGGAUUGUCUUCAUAUUGAAUUUGAAUACAACAAAUCAAAGUAUCAUUUGAAAGAUGUGAUUGUAGGCAAGAUUUACUUUUUACUGGUUCGUAUCAAGAUCAAGACAAUGGAACUCUCUAUUAUCAGACGUGAAACAACAGGUGCCUUACCUAAUGUAUACAAUGAAAGCGAGACAAUCACUAAAUUUGAAAUUAUGGAUGGUGCACCUGUUCGAGGCGAAACAAUUCCUAUUCGUUUAUUCCUUGGUGGUUUUGAAUUGACACCUACAUUUAGAGAUAUCAAUAAGAAAUUCUCUACUCGAUACUAUUUGAAUUUGGUAUUGAUUGAUGAAGAAAACCGACGUUACUUUAAACAACAAGAAAUUACAUUGUUUAGAAGAAAAAUUGAUGAUGGAUAUCCUCCUGAUGAAGAUGAACAAUAUGAACAAGCAAAAGAUGUAUAAUUUUACAGUGUAUCAAUAAUAAUUCCACCGCUAUUUUAACAAAUCAUGUG